AUGGAUCUCAACAGCCUCAAAGACCAAGUGAGCAACCUCACGCUCUACGACAUCAAAGCCGGCUUCCGGAAAGCCCAGAAUGCGGUGAUGAACUACACCGAGAUGGAGGCAAAGGUGCGCGAGGCGACCAACAAUGAGCCAUGGGGUGCAUCAUCGACAAUGCUGCAGGAGAUUGCCAACGCCACGUUCAACUAUCAGCUGUUGAACGAAAUCAUGCCCAUGAUUUACAAGCGCUUCACCGAGAAGGCAUCUGAGGAGUGGAGGCAGAUCUACAAGGCCCUGCAACUGCUCGAAUUUCUGGUCAAGAACGGUUCGGAACGAGUCAUCGACGAUGCGCGAUCCCACGUCUCGCUUCUCAAAAUGCUCAGGCAAUUCCACUUCAUCGACCAGAACGGCAAAGACCAGGGCAUCAACGUGCGCAAUCGCGCUAAGGAACUUUCCGAGUUGCUCAGCGACGUCGACCGCAUUCGAGCUGAAAGGAAGAAGUCACGAGCAAACCGCAACAAAUUUGGCGGCGUUGAGGGCGGAGCAGGCAUGGGCGGCUUCUCUGGUGCCGGAGGUUUCUCAAGCGGAGGCGGCAGCGGCAGCGGCAGCAGCAGCAGAUAUGGUGGUUUCGGUAGCGAGUCAGCAGAGUACGGAAACUACAAUGGAGGUGUGUAUGGGGAUGGAGGAGGCUUCGGUGGAAACACAUCCAGUUUCAACGACACGCAGCAACGGCGGGACAAGUUCGACGAAUAUGAUGAGUACGAUGAAGGCGAAACCUCCAGCUCAGCACCUCGACGAAAAGAAGCGGCUCCAGCACCAUCCAGGAGAGAACCAAAGAAGGAGGAGCCCAAGGCAAAGGCGCCUGAGCCGGUCGCAGAUUUGCUGGCUUGGGAUGAUGAACCCGCGCCAGCUUCAAUUUCAGCCGGAAAGCAGCCUGUGGCAGCGCCGGCAAACGACUUCGGAGACGACGACGACUUCGACGACUUCCAGUCAGCAGCCCCUCCUCCCGCCGCAAAGCCCGCUGGCUUCAAUGUUGCGCCGCCAGCUUCGACGUCUACAAUUACUGCUUCGACUCAAUUCGCUGCACCACAGCCCCAAUCUGGUGCGAACAACAACAAUUUCAACGAUUUGCUAGCAACCGUAUCACCCCCACCUGCAGCGAACAGGAUGAUGUCUCCUCCAGCAUCGACCCCAUCGGCAUUCUCCCAAACCCCUCAGCAGCCUUCAGGUUACCAAGCUGCUGGACCGAACUACUUUACGUCCGUUCAGAUCGGUGCUUCGCAGUCAGGGAAAUCGACACCUUCUGGUAUGUCCUCGGGCGGCAAGAUCGGAGCCGCCGCCCCCAAGAAAGCUGGUGGGGAUGCAUUUGCUUCGCUGCUAGCCGGCGCAGCGCCAAAGAAGGCGGCGACACCAACACAAAAGGUCACGAUGGGUGAUCUUGCGAAGCAGAAGACCAGUCAAGGAUUAUGGGGUGCGCCUGCAUCAAGCUCGAGCACUCCUGCUGCGCAGAGUCCUCAAUCUGGGUCGAAACCUGGCGGUGCUUUGGGUGAUUUGUUGGGAUAG